AUGAGUGUUUUUUCUGUGUUUUCUCUCGUGGCCUUUGUGUCCAUUGUCUUUGCGUUUUUGCUGUUGGCUAUGGAGACUGGUAUGACGAGCGGUUUGGCGGAGGCAUGUGAAGCCCUGGUUAUUGCUGAUGAUGCAGAAGGUGUGAUAGUCGAAGUUGACGGUGACGAUGAGGCCCAAGGGUUUCUUGACUUUCGUUACUCGGCGGUUGGCCGAGUCGUGUCAGAUCGCACGAUCAAGUUGGUUGUUUUUCGUGAUGUUAUGGCUAAGGCGUGGCGUCCAGUUAGGGGAGUGAAUAUUCGUGAGUUGGGUUCAAAUCGUUUUCUUUUUACGUUCUUUCAUGAAAAGGAUAUUGCUAGGGUGUUGAAUGAAGGUCCGUGGACCUUCGACCAGAAUUUGGUGUUGUUACGGCGUUUGGAGAAUGGGGAUGACCCAAGGAGUCUGGAACUUAGUCUGGCAACUUUUUGGAUUCAGGUUCAUAGCCUUCCUUUAGGAUUUAUGUCUGAAAGGGUGGCAAAAAUCAUUGGGAAUUUUGUGGGGAGUUUUGUGGCUGCUGAUCCUUGGAAUUUUGAGGGCGGGGUGAAGUCUUUCAUGCGCGUUCGCAUCACUGUGGAUGUGUCUAAGCCAUUGAAGAAGCGUAUGAAAAUGAAGAGACCUGGAGGUGAGUGGUUCUGGGUGGACUUUCGCUAUGAGCGGUUGCCUUCUUUUUGUUUCUCAUGUGACGUCAUUGGUCACGCGGAUAAAUUUUGCCCGGUAAGUAUUGACUUGCCGGACGCUGGGGGGGAGAAGCCGUAUGGUGUGUGGUUACGGGCGGGUAGCAGGAGGGGAGUGGCGGUUCCGGUAAACAAGUGGUUGGUAUUGGAUUCGCCGGCGGGGAUGGGCGGUGGUGCGAGGGGAAAUUUUGAAACGGUCACUAAUGAUGAGCAUUUAUUGUCUGGUAAUAAUGCGGCUGUUUCGGGGGAGAGGGGAACUGGUAAGGCUGUGCAUGAGAGUGAGGGAGGGGAUAUGAAUGCUGCGUUAAAUGACAAUGAUGGGGUGGUUAUUUUUGAGCAGAAAAGACGUCGGGUUGGGGAUGAGAGUGAGGAGGGAGUAACUAAAGCCAAUUGGGCCAGCCCAAUGAUGGUUGAAGAGAAUUCUUUUGAAGAGGUGGGUUCUGGAUCCCAGGCCCACCGGGUCCAAUGA